UUCGAGCUUCGGCCGGGCAGCCUAGUGGUGCAUUUUGCACUCUCGGGCCUAGUUCCCUUAGCGGAGAUAUGCGGGGGAUGGGAUUAGAACCCAGGCCAACUCGCAUUCGCGGAGAGCGCAUCUCUUACCCGGAUUUGGGAGGGACUGCCGGCCUGAUCAUGGAUCCAGAAUGCGCUAGGCUCCUCCCGGCGCUCUGUGCUGCUUUGGCAGAUCCCAGACAGCUGGUGGCAGAUGACACCUGCUUGGAGAAACUGCUGGACUGGUUUAAAACAGUGACAGAGGCAGAGUCCAGCCUCCAACUACUACAGGAUCAUCCCUGCCUGGUAGAGCUCCUGUCCCAUGUGCUGAAGCCACAGGAUGUGAGCCCCAGGGUCCUCUCCUUUGUUCUGCGCCUUGUCGGGGUCUUCGCAGCUCAGGAGGACUGUUUCCAGUACCUUCAGCAGGGGGAGUUGUUGCUGGGGCUCUUUGGGGAGUCAGGUGCCCUGAGCUGGGCAGCCUGGAGCAUCCCCAGUGUACGCAGCGGCUGGAUCCAGGGUCUGUGCUCCCUGGCACACCACCCCAGUGCCCUGCACUUCCUGGCUGACAGUGGUGCCGUCGACAGGAUCUUCUCUUUGCAGGGAGACCCCAGCCUGUUCGUAGCCUCAGCCGCCAGCCAGCUCCUGGUACACAUCCUGGCUCUGUCCAUGCAAGGUGGAGCAUCAGGGUCACUCGUCCCGGAAGCUGCUGCCUGGCCCGUGUGUGCCCAGAAGAUUGUGAACCAUGUGGAAGAGUCCUUGCAUUCCAAAGCCACCCCACAGGUCACCCAGGCCUUGAAUGUCCUGACUACGACCUUCGGGCGCUGUCAUAACCCCUGGACAGGGGUCCUCUGGGAGCGGCUGCGACCCGCCGUUGCCUGUCUGUUUGAGAGAAACCCCAUUCCAGCCGUGCACUCACUCAUGGACUUUCUGCUCAGUGUGGCCAGGUCGCCUGUGUUGAAUUUUGCAGCCUGUGGUCUGUGGGAGAUGCUGGCCCAGACUCUGAGCUGCCUGAGCCCCACACAAGCUGGGCCUCUAGCCCUGGGGACCCUGAAACUUCAGCACUGUCCCCAGGAACUGAGGACCCAGGCCUUUGGAGUCCUCCUCCAGCCACUGGCCUGUAUCCUGAGAGCUACCACUCAGGCCCCUGGACCUCCAGCCUUAGGCUUCCCGGACGGCACUGUGGGUAGCUCGCUGACUGUGGAGACACUCUUAUCGUCCAAGUCGGCCUGCGUGGGACUCCUUUGUCAGACCCUGGCUCAGCUGGAGGAGCUGCAGGUGCUGCCCCAGUGCCCCUCACCGUGGCCACAGGUGCCUCUGCUGCAAGCCACUGUCACUAUAUUGCACCUCUGUGAUGGCUCAGCGGACCCCAGCUCCAGUGCGGGCGGCCGUCUCUGUGGGACUCUGGGUGGCUGUGUCCGUGUCCAGCGAGCAGCCCUCGACUUCUUAGGGACGCUGUCUCAGGGAACGAGCCCUCUGGAGUUGGUGCUAGAGGUAUUCGCUGUCCUCGUGAAGACCCUGGAGAGCCCGGAGUCCAGCCCCAUGGUCCUAAAGAAGGCCUUCCAGGCCACACUCAGGUGGCUCCAGAACCCACAGAAGACCCCCAGCAGCUCUGAUCUCAGCCCCGACGCCCUGCUGUUCCUCGGAGAGCUAUUCCCCAUACUACAGAAGCGCCUGUGCAGCCCGUGUUGGGAGGUGAGGGACUCAGCCCUGGAGUUCCUGACGCAUCUAAUCCGACACUGGGGAGGGCAGGCUGACUUCAGAGAGGCACUGCAUUCCUCAGAGGUCCCCACACUUGCCCUCCAGCUCCUCCGAGACCCAGAGAGUUACGUCCGAGCAAGCGCAGUGGGUGCCGCCGGGCAGCUCUCCAGCCGGGGUCUGCAAGCCACGCCCGCCGGCCCCGAGAGCCCUCAGGCCCAGCAGGGCCUACUCAUGGAGCUCAUGCAUAUCCUGUCCACGGACUCGGAGGGCUUCCCUCGGAGGGCUGUGUUACAGGUCUUCACGGAGUGGCUGAGGGGCGGCCAUGCUGAUGUGGUUCGAGACACCGAGUGGUUCGUGGCCACUGUUCUCCAAGCAGUGAGCCGGGAUCUGGACUGGGAGGUCCGAGUGCAGGGCUUGGAGCUGGCACGGGUGUUCCUCAUCCAGGCCAUGGGCCAGCCCAGCCUGCACUGCCCCUACACAGUGGGCCUGCCCGGGGCCACCUCUCCCCGCCCACCCCUGGAAUUCUUGCAGACUCUCUGCCGUCUGCCGCUCUUUGAGUUUGCCUUUUGUGCCUUGCUUGACUGUGACCGACCAGUGGCCCAGAAGGCCUGCGACCUGCUCCUCUUCUUGAGGGACAAGACAGUUCCCUGCAGUAGCCCUCAGGAGGCUGGGGAUGGCUCCAACUCAGCCUCCGUGGAGGCUGCCCUGCAGAGGUGGCGGGAAGGUGAGCAGACCCAGCCCCUAGGGGACCUGGAACCUGAGGCCAUGCUAGCCAUCCUCAGGUCCUUAGACCUGGAGGGCCUGCAGGGCAGGCUGGCCAAGAGCAGCGACCAUGUGGAGAAGAGCCCUCAGUCCCUGCUGCAGGACAUGCUGGCCACCGUGGGAGUGUUGGAGGAAAACGAAGCUGACUGCUACUAAGGCGUGUCCCGUCCUGUCCCCGUCUCCUGCGCAAGCCAGCAGGAGGAUUCUAGUCCAUGGCAGCCACUUGAGAGACCCUGCAGGGUGUGACAACACACCUGUGGUUACAGCAUUUCGAAGGCCAAGGGAGGAGAAUCCAGAGUUCCCAGCCAGUCUGGACUAGAUAGCAACCCUGUCUCAAGAAAACCCAAGAAAUCAAAACAAAACAAAAUCUCCCCCCCUUUUUGUGCGUGUGCUUGCAGACCAGAGGUCAGCCUCGGGUAUCGGUCCUCAGGUGCUGUCUGUCUUGUUUUUUGAGAAAAGA